AUGGUAUCCUCUUCCGCUUCACCUGCUAUCCUCUUCCGCCUUACCUGCUAUCUUCUUCACCCUCACCUGGUAUCCUCCUCCGCCUCACCUGCUAUCCUCUUCCGCCUCACCUGGUAUCCUCUUCUGCCUCACCUGCUAUCCUCUCCCGCUUCACCUGCUAUUCUCUUCCACCUCACCUGCUAUCCUCCUCAACCUCACCUGCUAUCUUCCUCCGCCUCACCUGCUAUCCUAUUCCACCUCACCUGCUAUCCUCUUCCGCCUCACCUGGUAUCCUCCUCCGCCUCACAUGCUCUCCACUUCCGCUCACCUGGCAUCCUCCUCAGCCUCACCUGCUAUCCUCCUCAGCCUAAUCUGCUAUCCUCUUCCGCCUCACCUGGUAUCCUCCUCCGCCUCACCUGUCAUGCUCCUCCACCUCACCUGGUAUCCUCCUGCGCCUCACCUGCUAUCCUCUUCCGCCUCACAAGGUAUCCUCCUCAGCCUCACCUGAUAUCCUCAUCCGCCUCAACUGGUAUCCUCCUCCGUCUCACCUGCUAUCCCCUUCCGCCUCACCUGGUAUCCUCCUCAGCCUCACCUGCAAUCCUCUUCCGCCUCACCUGCUAUCCUCUUCCGCCUCACCUGGUAUCCUCCUCUGCCUCACCUGCUAUCCUCUUCCGCCUUACCUGCUAUCCUCCUGCGCCUCACCUGGUAUCCUCCUCCGCCUCACUUGCUAUCCUCUUCCGCCUCACUUGCUAUCCUCCUCCGUCACACUUCCUAUCCUCCUCCGCCUCCCUAUCCUCCUCCUCCCACUAUCCUCACCUGGUAUACUCUUCCGCUUCACCUGGUAUCCUCCUCAGCCUCACCUGCUAUCCUCCUCCACCUCACCUGCUAUCAUUAGUUACAUUAAUUAUAAUCACUUUCUUUUUUCUUUAUUAUCAUUAUCAAAAUAUUUAG